GAAAUUAUAACUUGGAAAUAGUUUGAGUAUCUUCUGGGAAUUGUGACCAAGCACAAAACCUGCAGUGUCCCUCAUUUUUAAAAUGGGUCUAACAGAUGGGGGUUCUUCCUGUCAAUUUCCUGUAAACAACUCAGAGCCUCCCUCUAUUUUACAAAGUUACAAGUUCUGGAGAAAAUUAACUUAGAAGCCUCUUCAAAUUGUGGGAACUUUGGUCAUAAAUAUUUAAACUUCAGCAUCUCCUCCUGUGAAGUAGGUUUUACAAGACCUUUGCUAUCUUGGAUUACAGUGAUCUUUACUAGAAUGGUUUAAUUCCAUUUAAAACAUUUGUUUGCUGCUUGGGUUAAGUAACCUCUCAUGUUUGCUAAUUCCAGGGGCCAUCCCUAGUGACUGUGUAAUAGAAGGAGGGGCUGGAGCCCUGACUUAAUAACAACAUAAGCAUGACAGAGCCUGCAUCCCUAGGUUUCAGGGAUAACUUUCUGGAGCCUUAAAAGCAUCAGUAUUCCAAAGGCUACGUCCUCUCGUCCUUGCCAUUUUGGUUAACCCGCUCUGCAUUGUUUCAGAUUCCUCUACAUGUGAAAUGUUUGUACUUUUUCCACUUAAUGUUUUUUAAUCAUUCAAGCUUCACAAAUUCAGUCCCAUUUUGAUGCAAAGGUUGAAGUUUUAAUUCAUCUAAGGAAAAAUGUGCUAUGAUUUAAGAUUUUUUUUAAAGCAAGUUCUGUGUAAAUUGGAUAUAGUGUGCUUUGACAGUCUGGUGAAGAAAUAUUAUUGGUGGCAGAGUCCACUGCCAAUAUGAAAAACAGUGAUAUGUUCUCAGUGAGGUAUUACCACUACAGACUGGCCCCAAAAGUGUGUGAUGGGUUAAUACUGCAUUGGAUCUAUAGAACUUCAGUACAAGAUUUGUAUUUACUGUUGAGUGAUGCCUUUGUCUUUGCAAGGGUCAUUUUCAGUUUUAGCCCUCUUUGUGAGAGCUUAGACUAGCUUUGUAAAUAGAGGGAGAUUCUUAGUUGUCACAGGAAAUUGAUAGGAAGAACCAACACCUGUUAAGAGUGGAUAGUCAUCAUGGUCAUAUCAUACUGUUGUUAAGACCUUACAUGGCUGGAUAUGGUGGCUCAUGUCUGUAAUCCCAGCACUUUAGGAGGCCAUAGUGUUGGACUGCUUGAGCUCAGGAGUUUGAGAUCAGCCUGGGCAACAUGGCAAAACCCUGUCCCUACAAAAAAUACAAAAAAUUAGCCAGGCAUGGUGGUGCACGUAUGUGAUCCCAGCUACUUGGUCCUUCCUGACGUGGAAGGAUUGCUUGAGCCUAGGGGGUCAAGGCUGCAGUGAGCUGAGAUUGUGGCACUGUACUCCAGGCUGGGUGAUGGAGUGGGACCCUACCUUAAAAAAAAAAAAAAAUUCCAAGUUACACCAUUUUAUUAAGAUGAGAGAUUGGGAACAAGUAGAUUUUCUUUAAUUUUUACUGUGGUUUUCUUUCUUCUUUCUUUCUCUUGUUCCCCUUUAUUUCUUUUUUCAGAGUAAGCGAGAGUACUCUUUUUAACCAAGGAAGGACUUUAAGAUUUUAGAAAUAAGAUUAUGUUUCUGUAGACCUGAACAUUGGUUUUUACCAUGGAUACUCCAAGGUCAGCUAUUUUCCCUUAUGGUUUGGCAUCCACAAAGCAGCAGGAAUCCAAGUACUGGUUCAACUACUGGUUUUACUAACUCGUUACCCACCUAAUCGUUCCCUGUCUCCUUCCCUCCCUCCCACUCAUACUCUUGACGUUACUUAUUAUGGGACAUUUGCAGCUCUCAUUCAAAGCCAUCCUUUAGACAAGAUCUGAAAAUGCUUAAAUUUGUUUCAGAGGAUCUGUUGAGGAUCUUUCCACCAGGGAACCCAGAGACUGAUGCGGGCAGGAGGAGGACAGUUUGAUUAAAAUCUCUAAAAACUACUUGGGAAAUUAGCCAGGCCAAAGAUGUCCUCUUCUAGGGGGCAAAUCUCAAUUCAAGAAUGUAUAACAUUUAAGUAUUGCCUGCCUCCGCGGAUCACGAGGUCAGAAUAUCAAGACCAUCCUGGCUAACAUGGUGAAACCUCGUCUCUACUAAAAGUACAAAAAAUUAGCUGGGCGUGGUAUCACACACCUGUAGUCCCAGCUACUUGGGAGGCUAAGGCAGGAGAAUUGCUUGAACCCGGCAGGCAGAGGUUGCAGUGAGCUGAGAUCGCACCAUUGCACUCUAGGCUGGGCGACAGAGCAAAACUCCAUCUCAAAAAAAAAAAAAAAACAAUUGCCCACCUCUAAGUUUUAUAUAUAUGACAUUUUCCCCCCUACUCAGUUUAUCCCUUUCUUUCCUCUGGUGUUGGACUUUACCUGUAUCUUUUUUCCUCUCUCAUCACUUUCUUGCUGUCUACUUUUAUUCCGUUUCAUGCUCCAGUCCAGAUCAGCAGUGACUGGGAAGGGUGGAGUAAAAGCGAAGGGGACACAUCUGAGCAUUGUCCUUGGGACCGGGCUGCCUGCUGUUUCCUUCCCCACCUCCCUUUAUUCCAUUACCUGCACUGGGGAAGAUAAUCAGCUCUAGACUUUCUUCCCACAUUUUGACUGCAGCCUAUUCAACUGAUGCUCAUUCUGUCCUUCUGCUCCAGGACAUCAUAACUUGGGGCAAAGACCAUGGGAUUUAGAGUUGGAUUCAUGUUUGAGCUCUGGCUUUUCUGCUUGUUACCCUGUGACACUGGCCACAUUAAUUUUCGAAGCGUAGAUUUCUCUGUGGGAUCCCUGUCUUUGGAAUUACUGUGAGGAUGAAACAAGAUAAUUAUUGUAAGGGGCUUCGUGUAGUUUGUGGUUCUUAGUAAACACUUUAGAAGUGUUUCCGGCUGUUAUUAUUGUCAUAAUCAUCAUCAUUAUCAUGGUUAUUCAAAGCUCAUCAAAUAUUUAUUGAGUACUUCCCCUGUGUCAGGCACCAUGCUAAGAGGUAGGAAUAAAGCAGAGAGCAAGCCCACCCUCACCGAGUUUCAGUUGCUUUACUUCUUCUCAUUUAGGUCACAGGAAUCUUUGAACUUGAAGCCCAGAGUUUUGUGUUCCAUUCUCCACCCUACUCCCAGACUCCUAGAUUAAAAUCUUUACAGAUAUUUCUGUUGGAAUAUUGUUCUAUAUUGGAACUCAUUAUCAAAUUAUAGUGAUUUGAAGAAAGAUUCUGCUGUGAACCUAAAUGUUCCUAGAACCCCGGGAAGGCAUGGAUUGACAACCACACCUCAACAAAAACUCCUGUCCCAGCACUUGCCACGGAGGCAGGGCAAUGAUACAGAUCAGACUCAGGGUGCACAGACUUGUGUGGCCAACGGUGUAAUGGCAGCACAAAACCAGAUGGAAUGUGAGGAGGAGAAAGCUGCCACUUUUAGCCCAGAUACUUCUAUUCAGGCUUCUGAACCCUUGCUUGAUACGCACAUAGUGAAUGGAGAAAGAGAUGAAACUGCCACAGCUUCUGCAUCACCCACAACAAAUGACUGCGAUGGAAAUGCUUCUGACAGUAGCUACAGGACUCCAGGCAUAGGCCCAGUGCUCCCCCGAGAAGAAGAAGGGGCAGGAACUGAAGCCAAGGUACAAGAGAGGGAAAAUGGGGAAAGCCCUCUGGACCUGGAGCAGCUGGACCAGCACCACGAGAUGAAGGAGACUAAUGAGCAAAAACUUCACAAAAUAGCCAAUGAACUUUUGCUUACUGAAAGAGCUUAUGUCAGCCGGCUAGACCUCUUAGAUCAGGUAUUUUAUUGCAAACUGUUGGAAGAAGCAAACCGAGGCUCAUUUCCAGCAGAGAUGGUGAAUAAAAUCUUUUCUAAUAUUUCAUCAAUAAAUGCCUUCCAUAGUAAAUUCCUCUUGCCAGAGCUGGAGAAACGAAUGCAAGAAUGGGAAACUACCCCUAGAAUUGGAGAUAUCCUUCAGAAAUUGGCACCAUUUCUUAAGAUGUAUGGAGAAUAUGUGAAAGGAUUUGAUAAUGCAAUGGAAUUGGUUAAAAACAUGACAGAACGUAUUCCCCAGUUCAAAUCAUUGGUUGAAGAAAUUCAGAAACAAAAAAUCUGUGGGAGCUUAACUUUGCAGCAUCACAUGCUAGAACCUGUUCAGCGGAUUCCCCGGUAUGAGAUGCUCCUUAAGGACUAUCUAAGGAAAUUGCCUCCUGAUUCCCUGGACUGGAAUGAUGCUAAAAAAUCACUUGAAAUUAUAUCUACAGCAGCAAGCCAUUCUAAUAGUGCAAUAAGAAAAAUGGAGAACCUAAAGAAACUCUUAGAGAUUUAUGAAAUGUUGGGAGAAGAAGAAGACAUUGUAAACCCUUCAAAUGAACUAAUAAAAGAAGGACAGAUCCUCAAACUAGCUGCUCGGAACACAUCAGCACAAGAACGCUACCUUUUCUUAUUCAAUAACAUGUUGCUGUACUGUGUGCCCAGAUUCAGCUUGGUAGGCUCUAAAUUCACAGUUCGAACCAGGGUUGGCAUUGAUGGAAUGAAAAUUGUGGAGACUCAAAAUGAAGAAUAUCCACAUACUUUCCAGGUAUCUGGGAAAGAGAGAACACUGGAACUGCAGGCCAGUUCUGCACAAGACAAGGAAGAAUGGAUCAAGGCCCUUCAAGAAACCAUCGAUGCUUUUCAUCAAAGGCAUGAAACCUUCAGAAAUGCAAUUGCAAAGGAUAAUGACAUUCAUUCAGAGGUUUCUACUGCCGAGCUAGGGAAAAGAGCCCCAAGAUGGAUCCGAGAUAAUGAAGUGACAAUGUGUAUGAAAUGUAAAGAACCUUUCAAUGCACUGACGCGAAGGAGGCAUCAUUGUCGAGCAUGUGGAUAUGUGGUUUGUUGGAAAUGCUCGGACUACAAAGCUCAACUUGAAUAUGAUGGUGGUAAAUUGAACAAAGUUUGUAAAGACUGUUAUCAAAUCAUAAGUGGAUUCACAGACAGUGAAGAAAAGAAAAGGAAAGGAAUUUUAGAGAUUGAAUCAGCAGAAGUAUCUGGAAACAGUGUUGUAUGCAGCUUUCUUCAGUAUAUGGAGAAGUCGAAACCUUGGCAGAAAGCUUGGUGUGUGAUCCCCAAGCAAGACCCCCUUGUGCUGUACAUGUAUGGUGCCCCCCAGGACGUCAGAGCCCAGGCCACCAUUCCGCUUCUGGGCUAUGUGGUAGAUGACAUGCCACGGAGUGCAGACCUGCCACACAGUUUCAAACUGACCCAGUCUAAGUCUGUGCACAGUUUUGCUGCAGACAGCGAGGAACUGAAGCAUAAGUGGCUGAAAGUUAUCCUUUUAGCUGUCACAGGUGAGACACCAGAUGGUCCAAAUGAGCAUCCAGGCACCUUGGAUGAUCAUCCUGAACCUAAGAAAAAAUCAGAAUGCUGAACUCAUCCAGGACCAGCCACAGUGCGGAGGUCUCAAGACGUAAAGCUCAAGACAUUCCCAGCUCUUCUUACUCAUCUGCUAGCACUUUAUGUUGAAGAAUACAGGUUCAUAAAUGCAUCAUUUGAGGAUUGUUUUUCUAUGUUUAUGUACUCCCAGUGAAAGCAGUGUACAGAGUCAUUCUACCGAUAAAGUUUUGAAAUAAUGUGAAAACUGGACCAUUUUUGAGCUAUUCCUUGAAUACGUGCUUUUUUGUCUUGAAGAAAAUGGUAUCAAUUGAUUCUGUCACCGUCAGGUUAGAAUGAGCACUUUGAUUUAAGAAAUCCUUUAAUGUCUUCUUCUCUUUCAUACGUAGGACCUGUAACAGUUUGAAAGAUAUACCUCCAUGUUGCCAAAAUAGAUCCACGGUGAAAAAUACAGGGACAGUUUAGGCUAUUGUAUUAACUUAUUUAAUUUAGUUUAUAAAUCUCUAGCUGCAUAAAUGAUGUCUGUUCUUUUAAAACAAAAAGGACAAUUGUUGGUGUUCAGAUUUUCAAUUUAUGAAGAAAAGAACUUGUUUUAUAGAAAUACUUCUAAGAAUAUCUUAAGUAUAUAGUAAUUAUGUAUAUAUAGUAUUAAAUAUAUAUACACUAUACAUGCUUUUCUCUUUAGCUUUGGGUUCACAUUCAUUUCUAAUUUAUUUUUUAAAUAUAAAGCAUGGUUUAUCUUAGAAUUGAGCAAUGUUCUAAACUGAAGAAAUGUUUUGGUGAUUAUGUUUAACUGAUUGGCAUUUGAGGGUACGGAUAUUUUUAUAAUAAGUGGUAAUUUAUGUGGCAUGGGAUACAUUUGUGAAUUCCAACAGUAUGUUUAAAGCACCAGUUUUUGUUUCUGUGCCUAUUUAAAACAGUGCCUCUCUUAGAAGGUGCUAUUAAUAUAAGAUGAGGGUUUAGUUAUAAGCUUCAGUCUUGAUUAUUUUAAGAUUAAAGUGCAUUUCGGUCACUGGGACAGUCAGAGUCAUAUAGGUUGUUUUACCUUUUAUGAUCCUAAAAUUGUUGCUGUAGUUAACAUCAGCAUGUACAGAAAUUUUCAUCAAAACCCGAACUUUAGGAGACACCCGGCCCUUUUACAGAACUAGGGUAUGUGGAAACCACGUUCAUUGUAAUGUUUUUCUUUUACAUAAGGUAGUCAAGCAUGGUUAAAUGAGGACUCUAUAUACACUGAACACUUAAGAUCUGUGUGGGCCUAUUCCUUUGUCAGAAUGAAACAAAAUCCACAUGCGAUAACCCAUGUUUGGGACGGGCUGGUCACGUGAUUCCUUGUCAUGAAGGCUGCUCUACACUCUGUUGUACCUCUGAUUAAAAUCUCACACUAAGUUUACUAUGUAACUUAAUCCUUUUCUCAAAUUAAACAUGUUUUUUAUGUUGUCAAACCCCAAACAUUCUCACUUUUUAAUGUACCAGUCUGCUAGAAAUCUCUAAGAAUGACCCCACUAUCUUUAGUAUGUAAGAAUUACACCUUAGAGGUAGAAUAGAAUUUGAGACUGCCACACAUUUAUUCAGGCCUUGUUACUUUAAGAUAUUUCUUAUUUUUUCCACCCCAUAGGAGCAAGUGAACCAAUUAUUGCUGACGUAAUUAGGUUCCCUUCCUCCAUCAAAGGAAUAUCAGCCAUGAUCAUUAACAUUAAACCAAAUACAUGGAGCCAAAAAGAGAUCAAAGUAGCUUCUUAGGCCCUAUUAAAUCAGAGAAAGGUUAAAGAAAUUUUACAUUGCUUCUUUUUUUUAAUGGCCAAUGGUGUGUGUGUUUGUGUGAUAUAUACUCAGAGUGGUUUUUUAGAAAAUUAUAGCUAUAAAUGAUGCUUAAUCUCAAGAAAAGAGAAGCAAUGGAAAUACAGAAUGAUGAGCAGGGGAAGAUGACUUUUGUAAGUGUGGAUAGAACAAUGGUAAUGUGUGGGCCAGUGGGAAGAUUUAUUAGUCAAAUUAUUUUUGAAAACUAUUUUUAAAAGCAAGAAUACUAAACUUUCCCUACUGAAGUAAUAUAAACACACUUAAGUUUUGGCUCAAUAAAUAUCAAUGUUACUUAACUUAGAUCAUUGAAAGAAUGAAUAUUCACGUAAAGAUAAUGUUUAUUAUCAUGCUCUUAACAGUCAUUAUCUUUACUUUUGUUUUUCUUUUUGUUUUGUUUUGUUUGAGACAGAGUCUCACUUUGUCACCCAGGCUGGAGUGCAAUGGCUCGAUCUCGGCUCACUGCAACCGCUGCCUCCUGAGUUCAAGUGAUUCUCCUGCCUCAGCCUCCUGAGUAGCUGGGACUACAGGCGUGUGCCCCCACGCCUGGCUAAUUUUUUUAUUAUUAUUAUUAUUUUUUUUUUAGUAAAGAUGGGGUUUCACUGUGUUAGCCAGGAUGGUCUCGAUCUCCUGACCUGAUGAUCCGCCCACCUUGGCCUUCCAAAGUGCUGGGAUUAGAGGCGUGAGCAACCGCGCCCGGCUAUCUUUAAUUUUUUAAAUGAGAAUCGUUAGUACUAGAAGAGAAUUUCUGGUUUUCCCAUCACCAUAUUCAGUUUCCACCUCACAUUCUUCAGCUAAACACAAAGAGAAGCAGUGAAACAGCCUUCCCCGCUUCUCUCUUAUUAAAGCAUCACUGAUGUUUUUACUCAAUGAAGGUUAAAGGAAUACCCUUAGCCAUUUAUUAAACAAUUCAACCAAAAGACCUCAAAAUGUGAUUGAUGAUGAGAAUAAUCAACACCUUUUCCUUUCCAAGAUAUUUGAGCAGCCAUGACAAACUGAACCUAAACAAAUCAUUAGUUGCUUUCCCAUUAAAACCAACAUUCCCUGUGGGUCUUAAUUCUUUAUUUUCACUCAUUCGGUGCUUGCCAAGUCAUCUUUUCUUUAAAGUGCCCUUCCUCCAAACUUUAAAAAGUACUUCCUUGACAAAAUUGCUGUUCAUUACAAAACAUUCCAAUAUUUUAAGCUUAAAUUCUGCUUUUGUUGAAAGUCUACCAUUUGGCAUGUUAAGUGUGAAAUAUAGUGCAGACUUUUAUCUCGGUUUUAAGUGGGGCUUGAUAAGAAAAAACACCAGCCACUUUUGUAGUAAUGGCAUCCACAGUGUCAUCAUGUAUGCAAGCAAUAAAACUCUUCAGGGUAUGGUUUUAUACUGAAAAUUUGAUAUGAAGGCCCCUUGCCACAAGGACAUAGAGAAUUACUAGCUUUCUAGUGUUACGGUAGUUCAAAUUGUGGAAUAUAAAGAAGGGAAAUGGGAAGGGGCAUCAUUCCUUGGAUUUUAAGUAACUAUCAAGAACAUUUUUACUUUAACAAAGAACAUGGAUAGACAAAGCACAUUUUGUUUUCCAUGAAGUUUAAUUUUCACAUCAGGUUUGUGUACUUAUCUUUACUAGGUGACUUCAAUUUUUUAAAAAAAUUAUCAAACUUUUUACAGAAAGUCACCUUUUAAAUGUACCCUUUCCCCAUAUAUAUAUAUACACACACAUUUGGAUUUUUUUUUAAGAGCACUUGUUCUAGUUAUAAAUGUAUAAAGAAAACGAUAGUUUGUGGUACUGCAGGGUUGUUAAAGAUUCUUUGAUGCCUUCUAAAAACUUUUAUCAAAAAUACUUUCAUGAGUUCACAAUUCUGUUUUACUUUUCCUUGUCCCUACUUUUUGGAAACAGGGUGGUUGCUUUUGUUUUCUGGUUAUAUUCAGAGCCUUAAGUUCUUAAUCUGAGCAUAUUGUCUGUGAUAAAUUUCUGAUGAUCUUUCUGGACUAGAUACAUCCUGAGUAGCAAGCACCAACAGGAGCAAGUAAACUUCUAGGGAACAGACGUCUUAGUUUGUACAGGUAUCUUUGCUCUGAUGCAGAGUAGAUUCAUGAAGAUUUCCUAUAUCACAUGAUGUUUAUGUUUGUGGGUCUAAGAUUAAGCACAUAUUUAUAAGCUAAAAUUAAUUCAAAAGGCAAAAAUGUCUUAAUGCUUUCAUUCUUAAAUUGUGUAUUCUCCAAGAAUGUAUUAGUAUAUGAACUGUGGCAAGCCAGUUCCUGUUCUUCGGACUGUGUUGACAUCUGUAGUGGAUCAUGUUGCUUCCUCGUUCUUACCAAUUUUAUUAGAAUCAAACUACUUGUUAUUUUCAUACUAUUAUGUACUAUAGAUUCUCAGCUUUAGAAAAUGACUAUGAUACAUAAAGACCACUAGGUCAACUUAAAAAACCCUUUCUGUGAAUUUAUACAUAUUUGUAUAUAUGUAAAAACACUGUUGAUUUGCAGUUCUGUCUUUCCAUAGAAAUGAAUUUUUUCUUUCGAAAUUGUUUAACUUAAAUAUUUUAACAUAAAUUAUUUACAUGGAUCUUUAUGUAUAAUUCAUCCUUAUCUAUGCCCCUUAAUCACAUAGUCAUGAGAAGAUAACUUUGCUUUCAUUACAGAGAGGGCAGAGAGGAAUAAGAUAAGAAACCGAAGGAAACAAGCAAGAAUGAAGAGAGAUGAGAAGAGAGACUGCUGGUCUCCAGACCACAGCAAUGUAUUUUAAGAUAAGAGGAAAUAUUUUAACUGCAGAAGGGAUAUAAAAUAUAAAUCUAUGUAAUUACAUGCUGAUGGGAUCCAUUGAGAUAAGAGGAAAUAUUUUAACUGCAGAAGGGAUAUAAAAUAUAAAUCUAUGUGAUUACAUGCUGAUGGGAUCCAUUGCACCCAGGUUUUUACCUUGGCCUGUAAAUUAUAGACUAUGCUAUCUCGUUACUCUUUUUGUCUUUUGGGCUUUUUUUAUUUUUUUUACUCAACCAGAACUUUAUUUUUUUUUUUAGUCUUUUGGACUUUUAAAAAGUAAUUUCAUUCUCAGAUCAUUUUCUGUACUGUUUACUAAGACAAAAAAAAAAAAAUCUGAAGUCAAUCAUGGUCUUCUUCCUGGACUGAGCAUUUGGCAGAAUGCAGUAUCUUUUCGUGUGUUUUGAGAUGAAAUAGCACAUGGCUUCUACAAGAUAGUUUUUAACUUGUUGGGGUCACUGGGUAUAAUGGUCAACCCCUUUUCCUAAAAUUCAUUGUGGUAGUUUUAGUGGAAAAACGUAAGAAAUCUCAUAUCGUAUUUUAAUAAGUGAAUACCAAAUACAUAGUGAAAUAGAGGUUUGGGAAGAAACUAGUCUGUGGGGACCAUUAUAAGAGAAUCGCAUUAUGUGGAUACUGGAAUGUAUCACUUGGGGGCGGGUUCUCUUCAUGAGCAAAACAGUCAUGUCUGUAUAUAAGACUUUUUUUUUUUUUAAACCAUACUAGCAUUUCAUUUUGUGAGUGACAAUUGUCGUUUUAAAAUAAGCAUAGGCCAGGCAUCGUGGCUCAUGCCUAUAAUCCCAGCACUUGGGAGGCCAAGGGGGGGCAGAUAGCUUGAGGUCAGGAGUUCGAGACCAGCCUGGCCAACAUGGCGAAACCCUGUCUCUACUAAAAAUAGAAAAACUAGCCCGGUGUGGUUGGUGGCACAUGCCUGUAAUCCUAGCUACUUGAGAGGCUGAGGCAGGAGAAUCGCUUGAACCCGUGAGAUGGAGGUUGCAGUGAGCUGAGAUUGUGCCACUGCACUCCAGCCUGGGCAACAGAGCAAGACUUUGACUCAAAAAAAUAAAAUAAGCAUAUCUGGAUUUUUCUUUUGAAUUCUUGACUGCUAAGUUUGAGAAUGUAUGUUACUGGAAUUUUACAGUUGACUAGUGUGAAAGUAUACACAAAUAGUUUUUCUUCUCUAGCUAUAUGAAUGUAAAAUACUUGCAGAUAAUGUAUAUAUUGUGUAACAUAUGUAUAUUUGGUCAUAAAAGCAGAUAAUUAGAAACAUUGUAAAAUUAAGCACUUUAAUUCCUAUUAAAUAUUAAACAUUUGUAUCUUGUAAAUAAACACAUCCUUAAAAUA